AAGCGUGUCGCUCGGUUCACGCGCACGCGCACGCGGACGGGCUACAACCCAGCGACGCUAAAGCUGUUAGCUUCAACUGUCUGCUACACGGCCGACAUGAGUUUCCUGGGGGGUUUGUUCGGGCCGGUGUGCGAGAUUGAUGUCCUGCUGAACGAUGCAGAGAGCCGGAAGAUGGCUGAACUCAAGACAGAAGAUGGAAAGAUGGAGAAACAUUUUAUGUUCUAUGAUGGAGAGUCUGUGUCUGGGAAGGGAGCGUACAUUCGCGAGGUGGAUCGACGGGAACGCCAAUCUGUGUCCUCUCUUGCGGAGUUUCACCUGAAUGUCGGCUCGCUUCCCUCUGUGGCGCCGCUUCCGUCUCCAUGCGCCGAAAACCGCGGACGCCGCUCCGUGAGUCGUGUAAGGUCUCCAAAGACGGACGAAAAACACAAAAACAAAGACAAUACUAGAGAGCGCCUUACCGAGGCGACCACACUGGUGAAUCUAAAUGUCAAGCAGGGAGGAAAACGACUGGAGCACCAGGGCAUCCGCAUUGAGUUUGUUGGACAGAUCGAGCUCUUCUCGGACAAAAGCAACACCCACGAGUUUGUGGAUCUGGUGAAAGAGUUGGCGUUGCCAGGAGAGCUCACCCAGAAUAGAAGCUACGACUUUGAGUUCAUGCAGGUGGAGAAGCCCUACGAGUCGUAUACUGGCGCCAACGUCAGGCUAAGGUAUUUUCUCAGGGUGACGAUAGUUCGUCGAUUGUCAGAUCUGGUGAAGGAGUAUGAGCUGAUUGUCCAUCAGCUGGCCACCUACCCAGACGUCAACAACUCAAUCAAGAUGGAGGUCGGCAUAGAAGACUGCCUUCACAUCGAGUUUGAAUACAAUAAAUCCAAGUACCACCUAAAGGACGUCAUCGUUGGGAAGAUUUACUUCCUGCUGGUCAGGAUCAAGAUCCAACACAUGGAGCUGCAGCUCAUCAAGAAGGAGAUAACAGGCAUAGGUCCGAGUACGACCACAGAGACGGAUACAGUGGCCAAGUAUGAGAUUAUGGAUGGAGCACCGGUUAAAGGCGAAUCUAUUCCCAUCAGACUCUUUCUAGCAGGGUAUGACUUGACAACCACCAUGCGGGACGUCAACAAGAAGUUCUCUGUACGCUACUUCCUGAAUCUGGUGUUAGUGGACGAAGAAGAUAGAAGAUACUUUAAGCAGCAGGAGAUUGUUUUGUGGAGGAAAGCCCCAGAGAAGAUUAGAAAACGAAACUUCCACCAGCGCUACGAGUCUCCUGAUUCCCAAACUCAGCCUGUUAAUGCGGAGCAGCCGGAGAUGUGAGGGCAAGCGAGGCCAUGAACUGAAAACAAACGUACAGAUACACACAAGCGUAUUCUUCACUGAUGAGCAGACAGAGGUGUGACAGCUGUCCCACUCUCUGCUUGGGCUGUAUUCAUGAAUACACACACGAUGACAUCUUCCUCACCUCAGCCUCACGCGUAAGCGGUCCUUCUGCGGGCAUACCACCACACUCUCAUUUGGACACGCGCACUUUCUGCUGACAUGACAAGGACAAAGAAGCCGGCCACUACGUACACCUUUGCUCACAGGAUUUUUUUCCGCUUGGGUGCACACAUACACUGUGCUUUCUUACAAUAUUUGUUUGCACCCACAAUGACACUUCAGCACUCUUGUUCAGCCAUCUUGUCGGGGGACACUCUCUCUAGUAUAUUUUGUAAAAAGCUGCUCUUACUUCGGAGAUGUCGUCUAUGUUUGGAACUGAGAAACAAAUGCUCAUCGUUGAUUACUAGUCCUCUGUUUUGUUUCCACAUUGUAGACCUCAAUGUUCUGUCUGAUCACAGUUCUUUAUAGAUAAAUAAAAUUUCAAGGUUUCAAAGGCAUUUGAUGCAGUUUUUAGUUGGUUUGUCUGGAGUUAUUUCUCAGUAGCCACAGAUUAUGAAUGUCCAUUAGUAAUUUGUUGGACAUUUUUUAUCUGCAUCUGCUCAUACUGUAGACAUACCUGUUUGUGGGUAUGAUGUGUUCAGUUAAACCAUUUAAUGUAAUAGUUCUGCUGAAGUCUACUGUUGCAAGCACUGCGCAUCACCUAUAAAUCCACAGCUGUGACAUUUAAAUGGUUAUAUGAUGUCAGUAAACCCAUGUGAUGGGAAAUUAGCUCAUAAGCUCUGUGUUGCACUUUUUGUCAUUAAAAAAGGUGCUAAAAUGGCCACUUUAACUCAGUUGUCAUUUAUAUACUGUUAUGUGUUUUAAUUGUAAUUGUUGUUGUCUCUUUCAUGUGUAAAUUAUGACUCCACGAGUUUCAUAAACACUCAUGUCCACCGUUGAUUUUAUGUUUCUUCACUUAACAGUUGAAUGUGCAUUAUUUAUGUGCAAGAAACAGAAUUUUUUUUUCUUGCUGCCAGACUCCAUUUGUCUUUCUAAUCAUGUUGGCUGUUUGGGCUUAAAAACUGCAGAGGUCAAGAAAACAGAGGUCUUUUGUGUGUAUAUGUUCAGUAUGUACAUUAAAUCCUUAAACACUGAAAAUCAAUCCUUAAUAAAGCGAAUUUAUAUUGACAAUA